AAGGUGGGCGGGGACGAUCGCCCAGGAGCCCCGCCCCUGCCGGGUCAUUUCUCCAGCGGAGAGGAGAGCCACGCGAUGGCCGCUGAAAGGGCAUCUUGGCGGCCGCCCCGAGCCUGCACAGAUUACUGGUCCGAAUGGAAGCUGUGCCGGAGCAUCCGUAAUCUAUAUCAUCACUACUACACUUACGGGGAGAUGCCAUCUUGCGCGCAGUGGAAAAAGGAUUACAAGAAUUGCAAAGAAUGGGAGAGAACCCAAAGCACCGUGGCCAAGGUGCAGUAUGGGAUCCGGCGAGGGAUCCGGAAGAUGGGAAGUUAUAGAAAUAUAUUUUUUACUCCUACGUUUAUUCGUGGCUUCGUGCUGUG